AAUGUUAUACUCACUGAGAGGUGUAUGAAAGGUGAGGGGUUAUGGAUUUCAAAACAAACUGAAAGACCAAACCAAUCAGUUUUUACUUCGUCUUCACCUUCUUAUUCCUGCUGAUUUUAUUUAGGAAUUAUAAAAUGAAUACCAGCAAUAUCACAUCAACUUUGGUGAAACAGGCCUCUUCUCUUCAAACAUUGUCGUCUCUUUGUGCGAAACGCCAAAAAUUGACUGCAGGAGCUGAUGUCGCUCAGUAUGGAAAGCGUUUCUUUUCAAGUUAUGACAACAAUACACCAUCAAAAGAAACCAGCAAUGUCAACCGAAGAGAAAAUUCAAACCCCGGUAGUGAGGCCAAGAGAUUGAAAAGUGAACCUGAAAGCUCUAAUGAGUUGCCAGAAGAACCAACUGAUUGUUGUAUGUCCGGUUGUGCUAACUGCGUGUGGAUUCAAUAUGCUGAGGAGCUGAAAAGCAAGUUUUGUUCUAGUGAUAAAGAACUUCGUGAGAUAAUAAUGAAUAAGAUAUCUGACCCGAAUAUGAAAAUGUUUCUCUCCAUGGAGUUAGAUAAUCUUUCUGAUGAAGACAAAUGGAGACCCACUACUGAUGAUAAAGUAACCAAAAAUUAAUGUUUAUCAUUUAGGUAGCUUAACAGAUCAGUCAAGUGUGAUACAUAGUUUGCCUGUUAGCAGACAUUAUUUUCUUCUCCCAUGUGCAGUACUUUACAUGGGUUUGUUAAAUAUAAUCCUUAAAUUAUUGCCUGUG